AUGAUAAUUAAGAUCCCGGCUUGUCUAUUGUUUGCCAUUGCCGAUCAUUCCAUUGAUUCACCGACACAUAAAAGUGAUGAUUCUAUUGAUGUUAGUUCAUCGAUUGGUGUUAGUAGCCAUCAUCAUGAUGGUAGUAAUGGUGGUGGUGGAUCCGAUGGAUCCUCGAAUAGUGGUAACAGCCCACAACAUCUGAUACCCGGUAUGGUUGAAGAUCUACUUGCAAAUGAAUCAACAAUGGAUGGAUCGAUACGUAUACCAAGUCCGAUUGGACCGGCAUCAUUAUCACAUGCAGCCGUCGUUGAUUCUGAAUCCGAUCUUAUGGGGGCUGAAUCGGAUUCAAAAUUUUCUCUUUCCAAAUUGAAAAGACCGUUUGCUCGACUUCCGUUUGAUCUCCGAUUUAAUACACGAUUUUUAAAUGGCCCAUUAAUGACAUCCAGUUCGAAUAUGUUACGACAAGUUCAUCAUUCACAUCCUCCACCGCCGCAACCAAUGCGUGGUCCAGGACCACAAAUGAUGCUUCAACCAGGUCCACAAAAUAUGCGACCAUCAUUUCCACCAAAUGGACCAAAUCCAGGUCAUCGAGGACCGCCACCACCACAAUUUCAACAACACCCACCACCCCCAGGAUAUGGUAGUCAUCAACCAAUCUUUAAAUCAUUACCACCACAUGGUUCAAAUGGAAUUAUGCAACCAGGACCAAAAUCAUUGAUGCCUCCUCAACCACAAUCACAAAUGAUGCAUCAUCAAGGUCCACCACCACCACCACCACAGCAACAACAACAACAACAAGGUCCACCUGGAUCACCAGCUCAUAUCGAUAUUGAACCAGUAGGUAUGAGUGGUAUUGAUCCAAUGGUCCACACUAUUGCCGAAUAUAUCGAUUCAGGUGAUGAUAGACACAAUGAAUUGAUCAACGAUUACGAUCGUCAAACAUCAUCUAAUGAAAUAUGGCCUAUUGCUCAGCCUGAAUUAGCUAAAAUUGUUCAUUUAGAUGUUAAAUGUGAAAAGAAUUUCAUGAAAGUAUCAGUUGAAUUUGAUCGUCCAUUCAAUGGUAUCAUCUUCAGUAAAGGACAUUUUAGUCAACCGAAUUGUAUCCAUUUGCCAUCCGGUUCUGGUCGUUCAUCAAUUUAUUUCGAUAUACGAAUCGAUAGUUGUGGUACCACCGGUAAUAUGGGACCAAAUUCAUUGACAGCCUAUGGCAAUGUUAAUGCUGGAAACUUUUUCGAAAACACCGUUAUAUUUCAAUAUGAUCCAUUCGUACAAGAAGCCUGGGAUCAGGCGCGGAAACUUCGAUGCACAUGGCAUGAUCAAUAUGAAAAAUCCGUAUCAUUCCGUCCAUUCCCAGUCGAUAUGGUCGAUGUAGUUCGAGCCGAUUUCGCUGGCGAUAAUGUCGGUUGUUGGAUGCAGAUUCAAGUUGGUCGUGGUCCAUGGGCAAGUGAAGUAGCCGGUAUUGUAAAAAUUGGCCAAACAAUGACAAUGGUAUUAGCUAUCAAAGAUGAGGAGAAUAAAUUCGAUAUGUUGGUCAGAAAUUGUGUAGCUCAUGAUGGCAAACGAGCACCAAUCGAAUUAGUCGACACCAACGGUUGUAUUGUACGAUCGAAACUUAUGUCGAAAUUUACGAAAAUCAAAAACUUUGGCUCAAGUGCAUCGGUGUUGAGCUACGCACAUUUCCAGGCAUUCAAAUUUCCCGAUUCAAUGGAAGUACAUUUUCAAUGUACCAUUCAGAUCUGUAAAAAUAGCUGUCCGGAACAAUGUGAUCAAUCGGGUCAAUCGAAUAUUCAUUAUAUUAAUCAUCAGAUCACUGGUACAAUGCAAAAUCUACAAAACCAUCGAGAUAUUAUGGGCGGUAGUAGCGGUGGUGACAUUUAUCUUAGUUCGGAUUUGCCAUCAGCGGCAGCACAAAUCGGUGAACUACCUGGACGAUCGGAUAAUAGUGUAUUGGCUCGACCUCGUGAAGUUCGUGAUGUAAGUGGUGAAUUGAAAGAAAUCCUUCAAGAAACAAAUGUAACCGCAGCUAAAGAGGUUGGUGUAGAAAAAGUUAUACGUGUCAUAUCGACUGGUGAUCUUAGUUUUGCUACAUCGGAUAAAUUAACUGCCGAACAACAAUCGAUUAUAGAAACGAAUGAAACAUCUAAUGGAACAUCCAGUAGUCAUCCUCAUUAUCGAAUUGGGCCGAAAUCUUGGCUCUCGGAAAAGAUAAAUGAAAAAAUUUGCAUGUCAUCGAUUAAUUUUCUCGUAUGUUUCGUAACAUUAUCGACUUUGGCAUUAUUUUUCUGCACUUGUUCAGUGGUUAUGUGUUGCCGUAAACGUUCAAUUUAUGGUGAUCAUGCGGCUGCAGCUGCCAUGUUACAUGGUGCCGUACAUUUAAAUGGCAAAUCUUCAAGUAAAAAAACUUCGGCCAAAGAAGCACAGUUGAUUAAAAAUGGUAAACGUAGUAAACAUGAACAGAAUAGCCAUGAUAGUAGCUAUGGAUCACAACAGACGGUCAUACCGGUCAUGUCGGGUAAUGGUACAAAUGGUGGUUAUCUAAGUAGCUCAUCGAUAUUAUCACCACGGGUACAAGCAACAGCCGGAGGUACAAAUGGCUAUGUUAUGUAUCAUUAAAAACUGAACCGAUUUCAACCAAAUCAAAAAAAAAAAAAUUUUUUUUCUCCAAUUAUAAUCAAUCAAUUUUAUAUGGUGAUCAUCUUUGGACAUUAUGAAUGACCUAUAUGCAUAUAUCCAUAACAAAGUCCAUAAAAACCUUUGACCUUUUUUUUCGAUGCAAAAAUCAAGCAAAAAAAGCCCUCAUCAUCAUCAUCAUCAUCAUUAUCAUCAACAUCAUUUUAAUUUAUUUAUUAAUCUUUCAUUCAUAACACACACAAAUCUACUUCAUAUAUUGACGACAAAAUCCAAAUCCACACAUACAUACAUAUACAGAAAUCCUGCAGCUAAAAAAAUUUCCGAUUUUUUCUUUCAUUUUCACU